UCAAAUCAUCCAGGGCAACUCUCUCUGUUUCUUCUUCUCUCUUCUCUGUUUUUCUCUGUGAAUUUCUUGCUCUCUGUCUGUAAUUCGAUCGAAACCCUGGGGUUUUGGUCGACCUGAACUCCUCAGAUCUCGGAAUUCGAGCUCAGAUUUACUCGAUCCGCAUCCAGAAAAAAUGACGGCGGUGUACGGAGCCCGAUUGACCACGUUCGAGGACGCGGAGAAGGAGAGCGAGUAUGGUUACGUCCGCAAGGUCUCAGGACCAGUCGUCGUUGCUGAUGGCAUGGCUGGGGCUGCUAUGUAUGAGCUAGUUCGUGUGGGUCAUGACAACCUGAUUGGUGAAAUCAUUCGUUUGGAAGGAGAUUCUGCCACAAUCCAAGUUUACGAGGAAACAGCUGGGCUGAUGGUAAAUGAUCCUGUUUUAAGGACACACAAGCCUUUAUCAGUGGAGUUGGGACCUGGAAUAUUGGGAAAUAUUUUUGAUGGAAUUCAGAGGCCUUUGAAAACCAUUGCAAGAAUAUCUGGUGAUGUCUAUAUCCCACGUGGUUUUGCUGUCUCAGCUCUUGACAAAGAUACGCUCUGGGAAUUUAAUCCUAAAAAAUUAGGUGAAGGAGACCUUCUUACUGGAGGAGACUUGUAUGCUUCCGUCUUUGAGAACAGUCUCAUGCAGCACCAUGUUCCCCUUCCUCCUGAUGCUAUGGGAAAAAUCACUUACAUUGCGCCAGCUGGUCAAUAUUCAUUGAAGGAUACUGUUUUAGAACUUGAGUUUCAAGGUGUCACAAAGAAAUUUACUAUGCUUCAGUCUUGGCCAGUACGUACAUCAAGGCCUGUUGCAUCAAAGCUUGCUGCUGAUACUCCACUACUUACUGGGCAGCGUGUUCUUGAUGCACUUUUCCCCUCAGUUCUUGGUGGGACUUGUGCCAUACCUGGGGCUUUUGGCUGUGGAAAAACAGUUAUUAGUCAAGCUCUUUCAAAGUACUCUAACUCUGACACGGUUGUUUAUGUUGGUUGUGGAGAGCGAGGAAAUGAAAUGGCAGAGGUCCUUAUGGAUUUUCCUCAACUGACAAUGACAUUGCCUGAUGGUCGUGAAGAAUCUGUCAUGAAGCGUACAACACUUGUGGCCAACACUUCUAACAUGCCUGUGGCUGCUCGUGAGGCUUCAAUCUAUACUGGAAUCACUAUUGCUGAAUAUUUUAGAGAUAUGGGCUACAAUGUCAGUAUGAUGGCAGAUUCAACAUCUAGAUGGGCAGAAGCAUUGCGUGAGAUAUCGGGUCGACUGGCUGAAAUGCCUGCAGACAGUGGAUAUCCUGCUUACCUGGCAGCACGUUUGGCCUCAUUCUACGAACGUGCCGGUAAAGUAAAAUGCCUUGGUGGACCAGAACGUACUGGUAGUGUGACAAUUGUUGGUGCUGUCUCUCCCCCAGGAGGAGACUUCUCAGAUCCUGUGACAUCUGCAACCCUUAGCAUUGUCCAGGUUUUCUGGGGUCUGGACAAAAAGCUUGCCCAGAGGAAGCAUUUCCCUUCUGUGAACUGGCUUAUUUCCUACUCUAAAUACUCAACGGCCCUGGAAUCGUUCUAUGAGCAAUUUGAUCCAGAUUUUAUCAACAUCAGGACAAAGGCACGUGAAGUUCUGCAGCGAGAGGAUGAUUUGAAUGAAAUUGUUCAGCUUGUAGGAAAGGAUGCUUUAGCUGAAGGAGAUAAGAUCACACUAGAGACUGCAAAGCUUUUGAGGGAGGAUUAUCUUGCACAGAAUGCAUUUACUCCAUAUGACAAAUUCUGUCCUUUCUACAAGUCAGUCUGGAUGAUGCGUAAUAUUAUUCAUUUCUAUAAUUUGGCCAAUCAGGCAGUGGAGAAAGGAGCUGGUAUGGAUGGUCAAAAGAUUACUUACACCUUAAUCAAGCAUCGGCUGGGAGACCUUUUUUACCGUUUAGUGUCCCAAAAGUUUGAGGAUCCAGCAGAAGGCGAAGCAGCUCUUGUUGCAAAAUUCAGCAAGCUGCACGAGGAUUUGACAAGUGGUUUCCGUGCACUUGAGGAUGAAACUCGAUGAGUGAAGAUAACGGAAAAAAUGAUUUUCGAUAGAUUGUCCGAGUGCCCAGGCGACAACAGCUCGAGUUUAUUCUUUUUGUUGUGGAUGAAAACAAACGGUUGUUAGGUUUAUAUGAUGCUGCUUUUGCCAUGGUAGUGGCCGAUGUUUUAAUUGGGAUGUGUAGCUUUGUUUUACUUUAUUUUUUAAUUUUGUGUUUCAAUCAUCUCCAUCCCUCCUUUUACUGAGAGAAUAAGAGACCAAAAAAACAAACCCAAUUCCUUAUUUAUGUAUUUAUUCAAUAAGGUUUGUAUGAUUUUGAUAUCAAAGUGCUUUAGUGAUGCUUAAUGUUUCGUUUGAGAUCUUCAUUUUAUGUAUUUAUUUAUUUUUUUC